UCAUACUGUAUCCAAAAUGCUUUUCAGCCCGUCGAUUCUGUGUGGGGAAAUGCUGUCCAUCGCCAUCGGCGUGGUCAGUCAUUAGUACAGCCUAGCCCCACAAAUAGGGCCGAGUUAGUGGCUCUCUUUUGCAAUCUGUUCUGUCAUGUCUGUGGCGACAGAUAAGAGACAGAUUGUAAAAGAGAGCCACUGCAGCCCUAUUCGUGGGGCUUGGUUUAACCCUAGCCCAGGUUGGAAGUUGUUUCAUUUCGACUGAACGUAGUUCGGUCAGGGAGUCCACCUGGGCUAAGUUUACCCCCAGAACUGUGGGGUCUGACGUGCUACAACGUUCGUGGUAGCGGGGCGGACAUCGGACCCCACUGUUCUGGCAGUCUGGGGACAAGGCCUGUCGAAGUCAGCUGUCAAGAACCCAGUUUCAAGAACUCAAGAGUCAAGAUCCAAGAUGCCGACAAUGUCCCCUAGCAUCUCCUGCAAGAAGACCAUUUGUCGCAAUCAGCAGGCGUUCCGAACACUGCAGACUUGCCACCAUGACGUUCUACCGAAAUUCUGCCUUCAUCAUUAAAGGCUUGAGGGAGUUCUGCAGGAGUGGCUAUGAAUCUGCCGCCAAGAAUUUCAAGCCCGAAGAUCUCAGCAUUGACCUGUCUAGCCAGUCCUUCAUGAUUACUGGUGCCAACAGCGGCAUAGGCAAAUGCACGGCAUACGAACUGGCCAAGAGAGGUGGGACCGUGCACAUGGUGUGUCGUAGUGAAGCCAGAGGCCAAGAGGCACAGAAGGAGAUCAAGGAGAGUAGUGGUAACGAGAAAGUGCACCUUCAUAUAGUGGACAUGUCUCAGCCCAAAAGGGUCUACGAAUUUGCAACUCAGUUCAGAGAGAGUGGAAACACUCUGAAUGUUCUGGUGAACAAUGCAGGAUGCAUGGUGAACACACGGGAGGUGACAGAGGACGGACUAGAGAAGAAUUUUGCCACAAACACCCUUGGGACGUACAUCCUCACCAUGUCGCUACUGCCUCUCCUGAGGGACACACCAGGAUCCAGGGUUGUGACAGUGUCAUCUGGGGGAAUGUACACACAGAAGUUGAGUCUCUCGGACAUGCAAUGUGAACGGGUGUCCAACUUUGACGGAACCAUGGUCUACGCACAAAACAAGCGUCAGCAAGUUGUCAUGACGGAAAUGUGGGCCAAGUCCCAUCCGGCAGUCCACUUCUCCGUGAUGCACCCGGGAUGGGCCGACACGCCGGCAGUCCGUACUUCCAUGCCAGGGUUCCACAGACAGUUUAAGAAUCGGCUGCGAAGCCCUGAGCAGGGCGCCGACACGCUAGUCUGGCUGUCUGCAGCCAGAGCAGUUCUCCAGCAACCCAGUGGGCAGUUUUACCUGGAUCGGAAGCCAGUUGCCAAACACUUAUCCUUCGCCUGGACCAAGUCAAGUGAUGCUGAGAAAGAAAAACUGAUGCAGAUCUUGGAAGGCAUUUCAGCCCCUUUCAUGGUGGCUGCUCAGAAUUGAGAAAAACAACAUCAAAUUGCCUGAUGAUCUCUUCCCAUCUUUUUCUCAGGAGUUUUGCUAACUGUAAAUAGAUCGUAUUGGAACUUUUAUUCAUCCCAAUAAUUUAUUUCCAAUGACGGAAGGUGAUACGAACACAGAAGGCAGGUCUGCUGCUCCAUUGAAAUUCUUAGAUGUUGUCCAUCAAGGUAAUCCAACCCCAGAUCUAGUCUUCACUAUAUACUCCCAAACUUUGAUGCCCUAGCAGAAGUGCAUUGGUGGAUACUUGGAACUGCACAGUAUUUUUUUUUCCUGACAGAGUCGGUAUUCCUAAGUUCGUAUUUUGCUUUUGUAGCAUUUUUUUGUCAAAGGCGUACUUCUAGGAGAAUGUGCACACAGAAGAUCACCUGAAGGGCUAAGUUUCCUUUCUAGCGUAAAGUAACGUGGGUCUUUUCAAAUUCCAGUAGCAUGGUAAUGCUCUCCAGUGAGAUCCUUGUUUCUGUCCAUUCGGAGAGCGUAACCUGCUUGAAGAUCAGUGUCCACUUGGACAGUCAGAAUGCUUCAUUGAGUAGGCUACAUUCUGUGUCAUAGUGCAUUCAUUCUCUAGGAGGGGAAACAUUGAAGGCUGGUUGGGUGAAUGAUUCACGUGUCAGGAGUUCGGCUCUCCUCUUUCAAAAUCUGAAACUUACUUUAUCUGUAAUUUGCUGUGACCAAAAGUUGUCGUGUGCAAUGCCUCAUUCAUUACAAAGCUCAAAACUUCCAUUAGUCAGUACGUUGAAUCCAAAUCGAAUCUUAAACUGUAAGAAGUUAAAGGGAAAACGUAUAGAGUUAUUUACCUUAAAAAUAUAUUAGUACAUGUAUUAUACAAUCAAUUUAAAAUGCUGUUCAUGCAAAUUAAAGAUCAAUCACAUUGCUUUGACAUAAAAUGGUUAUUUAACAGGGAAUUGGACGUUGUUACUUGUAUCAUGACCAAUGUGGCAGCUUCUCUUUGUAUUUAUAAAAAAUCUCCUUAUUGGGAGUUAAGUUCCACCAACGUGUUGAUGAGGGCGGCAAACAUAUCGAGCAAGUUAAGGUCAUCACUCGCCCCCCAGAGUUUCUUGAUCUCACAGUCAUUAUAUAUAUAUAUAUAUAUAUGGGUUUAUAGCACAAGAAUAGAGAGUGAAAAUGGGUAAAGUUAGAUGCAUUCUCGGCAAAGGACUACAGCCAUCUGCUUGAAAUUCAUCAGGACCUUACUCCCGUUCAGAUAGGGGUGGGUCAACUUUAUCAUACAUCCAAUAUUGAUCAACAUUGUCAAUGGAAGAGCAAUUUCAAGUCGCUCUCACUGACCCUUUUUCAGUUCACAGUUAAGUCAUGUAAGUGCAAUCAAGUAAUCGUAUAAUUGCAAAGCCGUAGUGUGAUGUCAUCUUAACAGGCUUCAACUGAAUGUUCCUGGCAACUUUUGUUUUCAGUUUGCUGAUAUGAAGGAGGACUUCAACCUAUACUUUUGACGUCAGUAAUAAUCUGUAUUUAGUUUUUACGCAAUAGAUUUGUUUAAACAGAUCUACAUUUCAUAAGAAGUGAAACUGUGCAUCACCAACGUGAUUGAUUUUUAAAUAAAUUGUGAUUACAUGUGUACAGUUAAA